UUCCACUUUUCUUGUUUUUUUUUUUGUGGAUUUAUUUGGUUUAUUUAUUUUUUCCAAAGCCUCUUUGUGACCAAGUUGUCUUUAGCCCUUUGAUUAUUACGAUUAUGUUUUUUUUUGGCAUGCUUACGAGUUUAGUCUUCCUUUUUUAAGCACACCCCUUUUUAAGAUAUCUGUGUGUAGAUUCGGUUGAGCUCAUAGGUGCCACCCUAUUCUUCAUCUUUAUAAUUCAAGUUUUCUUUCCAGGUAGAAGGACAAGAAAAUAAUGAGCCAUUGCCAUAGAAACACAAAGGGUUAAAGGUUUUUCUUUUUCAUUUUGUUCUGGGUUCUGUGUACUCCACUUGAUCAAAUCUGCACCCCUUUUCUUCCUGAGAGAAGCUUUCAAGUUGUGGAAAGUUUGUUCGUUUGCCCCAGACCCUAGAAUUUUUAUCUUUUUUGGGAAAAUUAUUAUUAUUAUUAAUUUUUUUUGGUGACGGUUGCUCUUCGACAUGCUACCUCUCAAGUAAGAGCCCUCACAUUGCCCUGAGACUAGCCGGAUAAAAUCACCUACCUUUGCUCCGAGCACACGCUUGAGAAACGAAGGUUAUCUUUCCAAAAAAAAAAGACUUUGAUACUUUUAAUGGUUGAAGUCUGUUUUGCCAGUUUUAGUCUGCGAGUGAGCACAAGGGGUCUUACGGGCCUGAUGGAAGCUUUCCUCAGGUGAGUGAGUUUCGGAGUCACAGCUUAGAGGUGCCGGUUUUUGUUUUUGGGUUUUUUUUCUUUUUAAAGUUAGAUCCCGUUGCAGGUCUUUUACCCGUUAGACUAUCAGCCUGCAUGAAUGAGUUAGGGCUAGUCUCUCUCUCUUGCUCUCUGUUUUUUUUUUCUUUUACUUGCUUAAUUGUAAUUGAUUGAAACAUGUAUGUCAGAAUUCACAGGCCCAUACUAACUGUCCUUAAUUUCUUUCCUACAGCAGUACUGCUAUAUGCCAGUCCUGUCUGCAUCCUUAAGGGUGCAGUUCAACACAUCCUGUGUAGAUUAUGGUGACAGACUACCAAGGGGAAGUGUGAUGAGAGCUAGCGUCAGGGUUGACACUGCCCAUUGGACCUGACGUUUAGCCUAGACCGAUGUUAACGUUAGCGUCUCUCUCCCCCACACUGGGGCCGCUAUCCUCUCUGUACAGCCUCUGUCUCGGGAAAGCUGAUUUCUGAUCUCCUUGGGCUGCUCUUAAAUACCGGCGAAGCUAUAGCCACAGCAAAUUGGGGCCACCCCGGAGACAGAGCAGAGCAGCGCGCCCUUCCCAAUCCCGUCCCAAACCUUUCCCGCCCGUGGUCGCUUCGCUGGUAAAUGGGAACGGAUUUUUACAUUUAUUCUGGCAAAUGGUGGCCUCCGUCCGUUAUCCGACUCGCCCCCGGAAAAAGCCGACGAAGGGGGCCAACUGCAGUGUCGUGAAACACGUAUUCUUUAAAGCCCUCCUCUCGUGACACCUCAGGGUAAAGGUGUAGGAGGGUCUGGAUGAGAUCCGCCAGAACGCGUGUGGGUGUGUGUUUGUGUAUAUGUGGGUAUACACUCACGCGCCCGUAGAUGCGUGUAUAUAUAUAUAUACGGCUAUCCGUACCGUGGCUCCAACACCACGUGAGUCUGGGUGUAGUUAUUCAGAGUCAGGAUUUUAACCGUGUGCACAGGUAAUGUUUUGCAUAUCCACAUCUUUCCAAAGUGUUACUAAUGGUAAAGAGAUAAUUUUCUAGGCUUCUAUUCUGCUGCUUGAAGUCAGAACUGCCGAUGGAGACAAAGGCACGAAAGUGAGGCAAGACCCCCGAUCCUAAAAUGAACGCUAGAACGUAUAUGGACGUUAUGCGGGAACAACAUUUGACUAAAGAAGAGAGAGAAAUUCGGCAGCAGCUGGCCGAAAAAGCUAAAGCCGGAGAGCUGAAAGUCGUCAACGGAGCGGCCUCCCAGCCCCCUUCCAAACGGAAACGGCGUUGGGAUCAGACGGCCGAUCAGACUCCCGGGGCCACCCCGAAAAAGCUGUCGAGCUGGGACCAAGCCGAGACCCCCGGGCACACCCCUUCGUUGCGGUGGGAUGAGACCCCCGGCCGGGCCAAGGGCAGCGAGACGCCCGGCGCCACCCCGGGCUCCAAGAUCUGGGACCCCACCCCGAGUCACACCCCGGCGGGGGCCGCCACCCCCGGGCGGGGGGACACGCCCGGCCACGCCACCCCGGGUCACGGAGGGGCCACGUCCAGCGCCCGCAAAAACAGAUGGGACGAGACCCCCAAAACCGAAAGAGACACUCCCGGGCACGGCAGCGGGUGGGCCGAGACCCCCAGAACGGACCGCGGCGGAGACUCCAUCGGGGAAACGCCGACGCCCGGAGCGAGCAAGAGGAAAUCGCGUUGGGACGAAACCCCGGCCAGCCAGAUGGGCGGCAGCACCCCCGUGCUGACUCCCGGCAAGACGCCCAUCGGCACCCCCGCCAUGAACAUGGCGACGCCCACGCCCGGGCACAUGAUGAGCAUGACCCCCGAACAGCUUCAGGCUUGGCGCUGGGAGCGGGAAAUCGACGAGAGGAACCGCCCGCUUUCUGACGAAGAGUUGGAUGCCAUGUUCCCAGAAGGAUACAAGGUCCUCCCCCCUCCAGCGGGAUACGUGCCCAUCCGAACCCCGGCUCGGAAACUGACGGCCACCCCGACGCCGCUGGGCGGGAUGAGCGGGUUCCACAUGCAGACCGAGGACCGGACCAUGAAGAGCGUCAACGACCAGCCCUCCGGGAACCUGCCCUUUCUAAAGCCGGACGACAUUCAGUACUUCGAUAAGUUAUUGGUGGACGUCGAUGAAUCAACCCUCAGUCCGGAAGAGCAGAAAGAGAGAAAAAUAAUGAAGCUGCUCUUAAAGAUUAAGAACGGAACGCCUCCGAUGAGAAAGGCCGCGUUGCGUCAAAUUACGGAUAAAGCUCGCGAAUUUGGAGCCGGCCCACUGUUUAAUCAGAUUCUCCCUUUACUGAUGUCCCCCACACUUGAGGACCAAGAGCGUCAUUUACUCGUCAAAGUCAUCGACCGGAUCUUGUACAAACUGGACGACCUGGUUCGCCCUUACGUCCAUAAGAUCCUCGUGGUCAUCGAGCCCUUGUUGAUUGAUGAAGAUUACUAUGCUCGAGUGGAAGGCAGAGAAAUUAUCUCCAACUUGGCUAAGGCCGCGGGGCUGGCCACCAUGAUCUCCACCAUGCGCCCCGACAUCGACAACAUGGACGAGUACGUCCGGAACACGACGGCCCGGGCCUUCGCCGUGGUGGCGUCCGCCCUGGGCAUCCCUUCCCUGCUGCCCUUCCUGAAGGCCGUGUGCAAGAGCAAGAAAUCGUGGCAGGCCCGCCACACCGGCAUCAAGAUCGUGCAGCAGAUCGCCAUCCUCAUGGGCUGCGCCAUCCUCCCUCAUCUCCGGAGUUUAGUGGAGAUUAUCGAGCACGGGCUCGUGGACGAGCAGCAGAAAGUCCGGACCAUCAGCGCUCUGGCCAUCGCGGCUCUGGCCGAGGCGGCCACGCCUUACGGCAUCGAGUCCUUCGACUCGGUCUUAAAGCCCCUGUGGAAGGGUAUCCGCCAGCAUCGGGGGAAGGGCCUGGCUGCCUUCCUGAAGGCCAUCGGGUACCUGAUUCCCCUCAUGGACGCGGAGUACGCCAACUACUACACCCGGGAGGUGAUGCUCAUCCUCAUCCGAGAAUUCCAGUCCCCCGACGAGGAAAUGAAGAAAAUCGUGCUGAAGGUGGUGAAGCAGUGCUGCGGAACAGAUGGCGUCGAAGCCAAUUAUAUUAAAACCGAGAUCCUCCCUCCUUUUUUCAAACACUUCUGGCAACAUAGAAUGGCUUUGGACCGGCGAAAUUACCGACAGCUGGUGGACACCACGGUGGAGCUGGCCAACAAAGUGGGAGCGGCCGAGAUCAUCUCCCGGAUCGUGGACGACCUGAAGGACGAGGCGGAGCAGUACCGGAAGAUGGUCAUGGAGACCAUCGAGAAGAUCAUGGGGAACCUGGGGGCCGCCGACAUCGACCACAAGCUGGAAGAGCAGCUCAUCGACGGGAUCCUGUACGCCUUCCAGGAGCAGACCACGGAGGACUCGGUGAUGCUGAACGGGUUCGGCACGGUGGUCAACGCCCUGGGCAAGCGCGUCAAACCCUACCUGCCGCAGAUCUGUGGCACUGUCCUGUGGCGGCUCAACAACAAGUCGGCCAAAGUCCGGCAGCAGGCCGCCGACCUCAUCUCCCGCACGGCCGUCGUCAUGAAGACGUGCCAAGAGGAGAAGCUGAUGGGGCACUUGGGCGUGGUGCUGUACGAAUACCUGGGCGAGGAAUACCCGGAGGUGCUGGGCAGCAUCCUCGGCGCCCUGAAGGCCAUCGUCAACGUCAUCGGCAUGCACAAGAUGACCCCCCCGAUCAAGGACCUCCUGCCCCGGCUCACCCCCAUCCUGAAGAACAGGCACGAGAAAGUCCAGGAGAACUGCAUCGACCUCGUCGGCCGCAUCGCCGACAGGGGGGCCGAGUACGUGUCUGCGAGGGAGUGGAUGCGAAUCUGCUUCGAACUGUUGGAGCUGUUGAAAGCGCAUAAAAAGGCGAUCCGGAGGGCCACCGUCAACACGUUCGGGUACAUCGCCAAAGCUAUCGGGCCGCACGACGUGUUGGCCACCCUCCUCAACAACCUGAAGGUCCAGGAGCGGCAGAACCGCGUGUGCACCACGGUGGCCAUCGCCAUCGUCGCCGAGACGUGCUCCCCGUUCACCGUCCUGCCCGCCCUGAUGAACGAGUACCGCGUCCCCGAGCUCAACGUCCAGAACGGCGUGCUCAAGUCGCUCUCCUUCCUGUUCGAGUACAUCGGCGAGAUGGGCAAGGACUACAUCUACGCCGUCACCCCGUUGCUGGAGGACGCCCUGAUGGACAGGGACCUGGUGCACCGUCAGACGGCCAGCGCGGUCGUCCAGCACAUGUCGCUGGGCGUGUACGGCUUCGGCUGCGAGGACUCCCUCAACCACCUGCUCAACUACGUGUGGCCCAACGUGUUCGAGACGUCGCCGCACGUCAUCCAGGCCGUCAUGGGGGCCCUCGAGGGCCUGCGCGUGGCCAUCGGACCCUGCCGGAUGCUGCAGUACUGCCUGCAGGGCCUCUUCCACCCAGCCCGGAAAGUGCGGGACGUCUACUGGAAGAUCUACAACUCCAUCUACAUCGGCUCCCAGGACGCCCUCAUCGCCCACUACCCCCGCAUCUACAACGACGAGAAGAACACCUACAUCCGUUACGAACUCGAUUACAUCUUGUAACCCGCUCCCCCCGACACCCCGCCGGUCCCCCUCUCUCCACCCCACCCCAGCCCCCCACCUCCCACCCGCCUCCGUUCAGGCGGGCGUCACAACCCUCUCGACGCGGCCGGCCGGCAAGGCGGAGAGGAACAGUCAGCGGUCCGGGAGCGUG